AACACAUUUUCGUCACCUUGGGGAUGUAGACGAUUGAUUGGGUCUCUGAAUCGCCGGCAUUUACCCAUAUAUCAUGACUGAUUAUUAAUAAGCGUGUCCUGGCCAAGUGUUUGUCAAAGAUAUUACGACCUUGUCACUGUCAAGUCGGUCUUAGUUCAUGAUUUAUUACUUUUAGUACUUUGUGAGUGCUAACCAAACUUCUCAAACUUCCGAUCAACUGUGGAACAAGUUAUUUGUGUCGCGUUUUCACGCUUCUGGAUUUUCCGAUGUAAACAUCACACAGAUAACAUGCUGAAUGAGCGCCGGCUCCCAUUGAUUGGUGUGGGGUUUGUAGGUUAUCAGCGAUCGGAACUUCACUGACGGGAGAGGAGACCACCAUGCUAGAGGUCUGCAACCUUAACUCAGGGAUGGACAGCUUGCCAAAUCUGGUCAACAACAGCAUGAAGCACCCCAGCGCCAGCCUGGAGGUGUUUGAGUUUAACAUUGGGAAGGCCCCAAGUCUGCGCUGUGCUAGCAGCCAGCAGGCCAUUAGUUGUGGGGAGUGUGAGACCUGUCUCCUGAGUGACCGCAUGAAGAAUGCCAAGGAGUUCUUCCCCAAGAUGGGUGACCAUUCUAGGAAGCGGUUUAUGCUGGGUCUGAUGCGUCGCUUCCACAGCGUGGACCUGUUACACCAGAUGGUCAGUCUGCUACAGCCACUGUCCUGUAAGGACUUCACCUACUCCCGCAGUCGUGCAGCCCCGAGUCUGGACACGGACAUGACCACAUUUAGUUCAGACCGCGCCAUGGAUUUGAUGGAAGUGGAGCGAUUUAUCACGGGAACCUGGAUGUGGUUCCAGAAGGCCAUGUACUGGACCAAGGCUAACUUCGCCCUGUCCCUGCUUCAGCUUUGUGACAGCUCCCUGCUUCACACCCUGAGUUCACAGGCCCGGACCCUCCUCAUCACCGAGGAGAAAGCCACGUCAAUAGCUGCAGAGGCAGACUAUGUGGAGUCGGCGUCGAUCCCAGACACAGAGUAUUCCUUCCACAGCGAGGAGCACGCGGACAUCCACAUCCACUCCAUGGUGUCUCCACACUACAGCAAGCCCACAACCCACCCAAUUACCGGCAACAAACUCUUCCUUGAUGACGUCAUCGAAAAUGACGACAGCGGAACCGAUAGCGAAUCCGAGCUGUCGUCUGUUGACCCCGCGUGCAUGGUCAUUCCCACGUCUUCCAAGGCUUUCUCGGGGGUCGCGCGUCACAAAGACUUCAUUCGAUGUCUGCCCGUGCAUCUGGCCAAGUAUAUUCUCAAGUUAUUGGACAAAACGUCACUUAGCCACGCCCUGUUGGUCAGUCAGAACUGGAGGGCUCUUGUGCUGGAAGUUCAUGACGAGGAGCGGAUCAACCAGCUCUUGGAGGAAGAUGUUAUGCUAAUGCAGGGGGCGGCGGCCCAGGGCGUGAACCAUCAGUACGCCAAGGACAUCGAUGUUCCGGUCCCUAACCUGUUUCCGGGGACACGGACGGUGAUCACCACGGACGAGGAGGUGAUUAGCCCCACCUAUCUACAGGAAGUAAACUUCAGUAACGCUUACAGCGGGGUCUCCACACGUAACGUCAUUAUGGAGGAGAGGAACGUCUACUGCGGCACUUACAACGUCAUGGUUCUGUCAAUGACUGAGGAUCAUCACCGAGUAAUACACACUGACGGAGGACAGAACAUCUCCAUCGGAUCCAAGGACCGGAAGAUCCGGUUCAUAGACCGGGACAGCGGCAACGACUUGCCUCUUGUCAUUUCUGGUCACGCCGGAAGUAUCCGAUGCGUUCAUAUUUGCACGGACCGCGGAAUCGUCCUGAGUGGGAGUUAUGACACCAGCAUCAGGAUGUGGAGCGCGGAGACGGGCACCUGUAAGCGGAUUUUCCGGGGACACCGGGACACGAUCCUCACCAUUCUGGUCCUGGAUGACUACCUCGCCUCAGGGUCAAAGGAUAACUCCUGCAAAAUAUGGAACAUGCAGACGGGCAAGUGCCAGAGGACGUUCAAACACAAGGCGCCGGUGUGGGCGGUCGCCAUCAGCCAUGAACUGUGUAUCACGGGCUGUGAGCAGGGCAAGGUUAAAGUGUGGGACAUCAAGUCAGGGGACCUUGUCAAGGUGCUGGCAAGACAUCACGGUCAAAUCACUUCGAUCAAAUUUGACCGCUGGCACAUCAUAACCGGAAGCAAGGACGGGUACGCCCUGGUGUGGAGCGCCCAGGGGGAGUACGCUCGCUGUCUGAACGCACUCCGACAUCCAAAAUCGGUCCUGUGCCUAGAAUUUCAAUAUUUACGAGUCAUUACCGGAUCAGCUGAUGGACGUCUCCGGAUCUGGAACAUGAUCACCGGACAGUGCUGCCGGAUCAUGCGUGGAAACAGCGCCAGUGAUCCCAUUCAGUCGAUCAUCGCCAUAGAUGACAGAAUUACACUAAAUACAAGCAAGAAUCUCAUAGAACUGAGGUUUGAAAAUGUGGAAUGGGACUACACACUGGAGAACGACAAGAUUCCGUCGGCCGUCAAAUACAGCUCCUACUCGGAUGCUCCUAUACGCCCUCAGCCCUACCCCUACAUCCGCGCACAGAGGAUGAAACGCGCAGGCGCCAGUAAUACCAAAAUCAUCCACCACGAUCCCAAGAAGAAGAGCCGCAAGCCGCCCAACAUUCUACAGAUGAAUCUGUACGCCAAGCAGAUCCCACACAGCGCUAAAUGCCUCAGUCAGAAGAGUCUGGAGAGUGCGCGGCUUAUUCAGAGUGCUGCUCCGGAGUCGGGCUACGAGAGUGGCCCAUCUCCUACCGCCAUGGAGCACAGACCAAGCUCCGACAAACACACGGUAUCUUCCUCCAGGUCCUUCCCAACCAAACCCCCUAAAGCCCCGCGCCCCAGCACCUUCAAAUCGGCGACCUCCCAGCCCAGUGUUGUGAUAGCGGACCCGUUAUGUAAACAUUACGAUGACGACGACGAUGACGUGCAUGAACCAAUGUCGCUAAAGAGAAGAGUAUCGUGGGCGUUCGACCAAUCCGUCUUCCCCAAAACAAAAGACAUUUCUCUCUCAGAGACCAAGGCUUUGCUGCGGUCGCAGAUGAGAAUGAAAGCCGAAAGUAUAGUGCCUCCCGAUUUUAUCUAUCUCACAGUAAACGCAAUACAGAGUUCAAUGCAAAGUUCCGAAACCGCAACAAACACAAAAAAGAACGUGCGCGCCAUGGUGUCCGGACUGGAUGGAUUCAAGCGUCCGUCGUCCUCCCCUAGUAAGAUCGAUCCCAGGACCAAGGUGCCCGUGGACGAACUGGGAAUAGAUAAGUUCAAGCAUAAGACUGAGGAGGUGGAGACGAUAUCUGAGUUUUCUGACACCAAGUCCUUUAAAUCUCUUAAAUCGUCAAAAGCGAAGGAAUCGGAGCAACUGCCUGGGCGUGACAGGGAGCGGUAUGCCACGCCGUGUGAAAUAAAGCCCACCAAGACUAAGAUAAGGAUGAGUCUUCAUCCCAAGAAAGUGAAGACUACGGUUCCAAUCGGCCGGUCCAUCCGCCCCGUAUCGGCCGCCGCUCACAGACAGGAACAGAGGGAAGAGGACACGACAGGACGUCCGGUGACGGCGCCGACCCUGCGGCGACCGGAUACCGCAAUUAGCGACGUCCCGUCAACGAUCGCCUCAGCUCUUCCGGGAGUCAUCCCCCCGCAAAAGAAACAACCCAUGGGAAUAUCGUCAUCUAUGCACGAUGUAAAUUUAGUGCCAAUGAAAAUGUAUCCCAAGGACAUGAAAGAGAAACUAAGCGCCCUACUUCAAGAAAAACGGCGCGCCAAGUCGGAGACGAUGCUGAGAUCCGCGAGCGACACAGCCAUCGGUAAGGUCAGUCAAUAUAACGACCCAAUGCGGAGCCACGUCAAGUUUGAGCUGCGGACCUAUGAACAGGAGAAAGAAUUCAUCAGUAACAUCGAAACUAUGUACAUUGAGAAACAGCAGAGAGACGAGGAACUGAUGGAGAAGAAGAAGCGAGCCGCGUGGUUAGCUAAAGCUGCCUCCAGGCCUAGCACCGUCAUUCCGAACCAACGAUAUGGUGCCGCGCCAGGAUCCGCGAGACCAAACACUGUACACGGCACCAAACCAAACAGGUGACUUCACCUGCCACUGUGACGUCAUAAUCAUUGUACAGGUUGUGAGACAGCCAAUCAGAACGAUAAAGUGCACAGAACUCUCCAUUUCUCAUUGCCAAGUCCUUUAUUGAACAGGGUUAUCAAGUAGGUUGUGAAUUUACAAGAUAUGAUACACGAAUGUUUUUGCCCUUGAUAAGUAUUAUUACCUUGUUGACCUUUUUUUCGUAUUUUUUGUACACAAGUUGUUUUAAUGUUGGAGGAAAUCCAAGAUUUCUGUAGCUGCAUUUGACUAGAGAGAAAGGAGCACUUGUCCACAGACUGCAAAAAUUAAUUUAUUUUGAAAGUGCGAUUGUAUGACGAUGUUAUUAAUGAGGUAAAUAUGAUGAUGUUGACCUGUGUGAUUAUUGCUAGCAUUUAAAGGAUGCCUGGAGAGCUUCAAAGUCGUAAUACACUGUGUAUGUUGGCAUCCAUGCUCUAUUUUUUUUUACUGAUACAGUAAGUACACAUGAAGCCGAGUCGGCGCCUAGACACAAGUAGAACCCGCUCAGUCUGUGCUCGGUCAGACAGACGGACGAACAUCGUGUGCCUUCUGAUGAUAAAGCUUUGGAUUUGUCUACAUUAUUUUUGUAACAUUCAGUACAACUGUGAUAUGUCAAUAGUAUUAUUUACAUUGUUUUAUACUAAUAAAUGCUUCAAACCAGA